AUGAAGAGGGGGGUCCAACAGGGUGAUACAAUUCCACCCAAAAUAUUCACAGCCAUUCUCGAGAACGCAAUGCGAAGGUUGGAAUGGGACGACAUGGGAAUGAAGGUUGAUGGUCGGCAGCUACACCAUUUGCGCUUUGCUGAUGACAUCGUACUGAUAACAACUAGCAUCAGCCAAGCGGAACGAAUGCUGACCGAAUUCGAAAAAAACGAAACAUGUAGAUGCAUCGGUCUUCAGCUGGAUCUACAAAAGACGAUGUUCAUGCAGAACGGAUGGGUCUGGAAUGCCCCAUUCACGCUCACCGGAACGAACAUAUCCGAAUGCACCAGCUACGUUUAUCUGGGUCGGGAACUGAACAUGAUGAACGAGGAGGAGCUGGGCAGGAGGAGACGAGCGGUUUGGGGAGCGUACAAGAGCAUCGAGGAUGUAGUGAAGAAAACCAGGAACACCCGGCUCCGUGCUCACCUCUUCAACACCACCGUACUUCCUGCUUUGACCUAUGCUUCGGAAACCUGGGCAUUUCGCAAGCAGGAAGAAAACGCGGUGAGCGUCAUUGAACGCGCAAUUGAGAGAGUGAUGCUAGGAGUAUCCCGUUCACGCAAGUGA